GCAUUUGUUAUAUUGAAGAAACAACUGAUGAAAAAACAAAAAGCUUGGUUCUUCUCUGAAGAACGAAAAAAGCGCAGAGCAUCGUCCAAGAUUAAGAAUAAAGAGGAGAACAAAAACACAAAUUUUCGAAGACCAAUUAUGUUUCCUGAUGAUGAAGGACACAUAACUGAAUAUACUCAAAUUAAGUUGAGUGAUAAACAAAAUGCUCUUCUUGACAGAAAGUAUCGAGAUUUUUUGAAGCAACAUAAGUUUAUUCUUGAUAAAGACAAUAAUAUUAUCGAAGAAACAAGUAGCUCAGUGGCGCCUGAAUGA